UAGAGAGAUGCACUUUGACCCUACCUGUCCACAUUUAAUUUGAAAGUCUACAGCCAUCCUCUGCACACUCUUCCUCCCUCACACACACACACGUAUAACCGCAGCGUGCUUAUAGGCUAUCCAGACUUUGACCUUUCAUUGUUGUCUCCCUGCAGGGCCUGAGCUGAUUUGUCAGCCUUGUGUAGGUUUGGUUUUCACCCCCCGAGUGUCCUCUGGAUAUCAGCUGACCAUGGUGGUCUGAGCAGGGGAAAGCCUGGCACGGUGUUUAUUCACUCUGACACGGCAAGGCUUGACCAAGAGAGGAGCAGGAGAGGAGACGGACCGGCGCAAAGAGAAAAAGCAUAUUUAAACACAAAAUGUCUCAAAACAGAGAACUGGUGGUUUUCUACAUAAACUAUAAACUCUCCCAGAGAAACUAUCCUCUCAACCACAUGGGACUCAUAGAGCCUACAAACAGGACUGACGGGGGGGAGGAAGGGUUGGGCGAGGAGCAGCGGGUAGCGACGCACCCCAAUGGGACUUUUAACGGUAUGAGUCCCGGGACCCCGCCGGCAUCCCCGCUGCGGCAGCAACAGUUGCCGUCGACGACGAGCCUGGACGCGGUGAAAGAGGCGCUCCGGGACUCGGCCAACGAGUUCGAGCUGCGGUACGCCCGCGCCUUCAGCGAUCUGCACCACCAGCUGCACAUCACGCCGGCCACGGCCUACCAGAGCUUCGAGAACGUGAUGGAUGAGGUGUUCCGGGACGGAGUCAACUGGGGGCGCAUCGUGGGGCUUUUCGCUUUUGGCGGGGCGCUGUGCGUGGAGUGCGUGGAGAAAGAGAUGAGUCCGCUGGUGGGCAGGAUCAUAGAGUGGAUGACGGUGUACCUGGACAACCACAUUCAGCCCUGGAUCCAGAGCCAAGGAGGAUGG